AUGCCAAAACGCCUCCGGGACUUGAUUCGUGAUAUUCGUUCAGCCCGCACUGCCGCAGAAGAGAGAGCCAUUGUCAGUCGUGAAUGUGCACAAAUUCGUGACAGUUUUCGUGAAGAAAAUGAUACGCACCGUUGCCGAAACGUUGCCAAACUGUUGUAUAUUCAUAUGCUCGGAUAUCCUGCACACUUCGGCCAGUUAGAAUGCCUGAAACUGAUUGCUUCGGGUCGUUUCACGGACAAGCGUGUUGGUUACCUGGGUGCUAUGCUUCUUCUCGACGAACGAUCAGACGUUCAUCUACUAGUCACGAACUCUCUUAAGAAUGAUCUAAAUCAUUCAAACGUCUACAUAACGAGUCUGGCUCUCUGUACCCUCGGUUCCAUCUGUUCAAUGGAAAUGAGUCGUGAUUUGGCUGGUGAGGUGGAACGUCUGGUCAAAUCGACCAACCCCUAUAUCAAAAAGAAGGCGGCGUUGUGCGCCUUCCGAAUAAUCCGCAAGGUGCCCGAAUUGAUGGAAAUGUUUAUUCCCUGCGCACGUGCUCUCCUCAACGACAAGAACAACGGCGUCCUUCUGACUGCCGUGUGUCUUAUCACCGAGAUGUGCGAACGAAGUCCCGACACCCUCAAGUACUUCAGGAAGCAAAUGGUCCCAACCCUCGUUAGAACGCUGAAAACCCUAGUGACUACGGGCUACUCGCCGGAUCAUGAGGUCAACAAAAUCAAUGAUCCCUUUCUGCAGGUGAAGAUCUUGCGUCUGAUGCGAAUCCUCGGCCACGGCGACAAGUCGGCCAGCGAGGCAAUGAACGACAUUCUUGCCCAAGUUGCGACUAGCACCGAGACAACCAAAAACGUCGGUCACGCAAUCCUCUACGAAAUCGUUCUCACCAUCAUGGGUAUCGAAUCCGAUCCUGGGCUUCGAGUUCUAGCAAUCAAUAUUUUGGGCCGUUUUCUGCUAAACACAGACAAGAAUAUUCGGUACGUCUCGCUGAAUACCCUUCUUCGUGUAGUUAGUGUGGACCAACGAGCUGUUCAGCGUCACCGCGCAACCAUUCUCGAGUGUUUAAAGGACCCGGAUACCUCUAUUCAGCGGCGAGCCCUGGAUCUCUGUUUUGUGCUCAUCAAUGCCUCGACGGUGCGGACGGUGAUUAAGGAGUUGCUUUGGUUCCUAGAGAACUGCGACGUUGAAUUCAAAUCUGAUGUCUGUUCAAAGAUCAUAACUGCCGUAGAAAAGUAUUCUCCCAACACACGAUGGCGCGUGGACACUACAAUGACUGUUCUGAAACUGGCAGGCAAUCGUGCCCGCGACGAUGUGGUCGCCUCUCUCGUCUACCUGAUCUCCCAGUCUCCGACCUUGCACGCGUACUCCGCCGCCCAGCUCUUCAAGGCGAUGCGCGAGGACAUGACUCAGCAGCCGCUUGUCCAGGUAGCUACCUGGUGCACAGGCGAGUACGCGGAUCUCCUGGUCCAAGGCACAAGUAUUGGUCGUGAUGACGAGCCGCCAUUCCGCGUCACCGAAGAUGAGAUAAUCGACCUCUUCGCACUGGCGCUCACCUCGCCGGUGUGCAGUUUGCAGACCAAGCAGAUGGUCGUUUCCACGAUCAUGAAGUUGAGCGUGCGGCUCGGACCCACACACCAAAGGCAAAGCCUUGUCAGCUUCUAUUCAAAGAGUAUGGACCUGGAACUGCAGCAGCGCUCAGUGGAGUAUUCUUCGGUCUUCAACAAACGUGCUGACAACUUUCGGGAGGGGCUGUUCGCAUGCAUGCCCAUUCUCCGGCCCUCCAGCUACUUCCUCUCCGAGGGUGCUGAAGACGUGGACGUGGAGGAACAGAAUGGUGGCGAAGAGCCGGAGAAGAACAACGUUGCUGACCUGCUGAGUGGUGAUGCCUCUAACCAGGUUAAUCGGACCGAGGCGGUCGCUCUGCUGGAUCUCCUUGGAGACACCUCUCCAACACCGUCCGGGCAGAUGCCUAACGGACCCACAGCCCCUGGAGUUGUUGGUGGUGGUGGUGGGCCCCAAGUUGGCAACCUCAGCAACGACCUUCUCGACCUGAUCCUGGAUGACUCGGCCCUGACUAAAACUCAGCAGCCGCCACAGCCUGUUCCUGCUAAUCAAGUCCCCAGCGCCAUCGACUCCCUUUUCCCACCAACCAACACAACCGCACCGUCACUAUUCUCGCCGCCAACUCAGUCACCACCUUCAACGCUGCCGUCCAACGGCACGUCGAUCUCACAGCUGGCACCCCCAAUGACCGUGUACGAGGCGAAUUCCAUCUGCGUGGUUUUCGAAUUUGAGCGUUCAAGUGAUCCACUCGACUUGAGUUUUGCUUCUGCGACGCCUUGCGUGCAGAUCCGCGCGUCGUCGCGUAACACGGGCACCCUGCCGAUUGAGUCCUUUGAGUUGCAGGUCGCUGUGCCGAAGACCUUCCAGUUGGAGAUGCUCCCUCCCUCGGCCACGUGCUUGCUGCCUGGCGCACCCAGUACAACCCCGCCCGUGACACAAGUAUUCAAGGUCACCAAUCCCAACAAGCUGCCGCUGCGCCUUCGCAUCCGUCUUCUCUUCACACAGAAGGGGGUGAAGAGGUCAGACCAAUUCCAGAUCGACCACUUCCCUCCAAAUCUGUUCGGCGCCGCCUAA